UUUCGCAGCAGCAAGGGGGCUUGGUAUUGCGAGGGGAAGCGCGACGGGUGCCCAAGCCUCACCGACUGCUCGCACGUCAUAGCGGCAAAAGCAGCUCUGAGGAAUGAGGGAGACCUUCCAGUUGCCGAUCAGAUGGUUCUGAGGCUCUCGGAGCCGCUGUCGGAGGCUGCGCUUGGCUGGCUCGAGGCGUGGAGCGGGGUCUUGCCGGCACUUGGGGGAUGCUCCGCCGUGGACACCCCCUCGCAAAGAGGAGGUGAUGCGGAGCUGUCGGAGGAGGAGCGGUAUCUUGUUGGCUUGCUGGAGCGGCGGCCCCAUGAGCAAGCGACCUGCGCCGGCGACUCGUGCUUCUGUCGUCAGCACGAUCGCCUCUUUGGAGAGGCCGCCGCCGCACAAACCUCCAACAAUCGGGAGAGCAAUGGGGGCAAUCGUGGCAGGGAAGGGGGGUCGGCUGAGGAGGAUGAGCCCCCUCGCAAACGGGCGAGGCGCAAUAAGGCUUUUUGGGAGGCACACAAGCAAGGCUCGCGAGGUCCAGCCACAGGAGUGGGGUGGGGCGCUCGGCCGCCGACAGAAGCGAGGGGCAAGGAGGCAAUUCGAGGCUAG